GUUUUGUUUGAGUAAUUAAAGUAGCCAAUCAGCUGAUCUAGCGGUUGCUUGGCGUUCACCAAGCGGGAAGUUGUUGUGCGAUGGCGGCUGGGAGGGCAGAAGCUUUCGAGAUGACAGUUAAAGCGCUGGAAAGUUGUGUGGUUGAUUUAUCAGAGAUGGGAUUGCAGCGUUUUGAUACAGUUUCUCUGUGCCCGGCAAAUAUUUUCACCCUGAUUUUGGACAAGAACCAACUGACUAAAUUGGAAAAUGUGGAAAAAUGCAGCGAUUUAGUGCAAUUAUCUGCAGCCAACAAUCGCCUAGUCCGGAUGAUUGGUGUAGCAAAGCUUGUCAAUUUGCGAGUUUUAAAUUUGCCUAACAACAGCAUUGGAAAUAUUGAAGGCCUCAAGGACUUAAUCCAUCUAGAAUGGCUCAAUUUAGCUGGGAACAACAUCAAGACUGUGGAAGCCAUUAACAGCUGCAUAUCUCUACGACAUUUGGAUUUAUCAGACAACAACAUUGCCUUGAUAGGUGACCUAUCAAAACUCCUGUCUCUAAAGAUACUACUUUUGCAUGGAAAUACUAUCACUACACUUCGUUCUGCUUCCAGUCACCUUCCUCCAGAAUUAAACAUUCUAUCCCUUGCAGAGAAUGAAAUAAGAGAUCUGAAUGAGGUUUCCUAUUUGGGGUUCCUUCGUGAAUUGGAGCAGCUGUCAAUCAUGAACAAUCCUUGUGUGAUGGCAACGCCCUCCCUUCCUGGAUUUGACUACAGACCAUAUAUUGUCAGUUGGUGUUUAACUCUACGGAUUCUAGAUGGUUAUGUAAUCUCACAGAAAGAAAGCCUCAAAGCAGAGUGGCUAUACAGUCAAGGGAAAGGUCGAUCAUUUCGACCUGGCCAACAUGUGCAGCUGGUCCAAUAUUUGGCUUCAGUUUGUCCCCUCACAUCAACUCCAGCACUGCAAUCUGCAGAGGAUGCUAAACUUGAAAAAAUUCUGAAUAAGCAGAGGCUUCACCAACUAGAACUGAUGGAAAAGUUCCAGAACAACAGCCAUACUCCACAUUCGAGUCCCAAUUUGGAGCUGUCAUUUCAAAGUGAAUGUAACAGGCCAACACAAAGUCACACUAUCCAUAAUACGAAAGAGCCUGUAAUUCGCAUUAACUCAUGGGUUGCAGCGGGUGACCCUGGACAGCAGCCCAAUGCAAUUAAGCAAUUCUCACCAACUCUUGGAGAGACUUCAGGAUGCUGUCAUGGUGAGCUCUUCUUGGAGGAUAUACAGACUGAUGAAGAUAAAUUGAAUAGCAGUCUUCUGUCUUCUGAAUCCACGUUCAUGCCUGUGACCACUGCAAUGUCGCCUCUUUCACCUUCCCAUGAUCUGAGGCUUCCUGCAGAUAGUCUGACUCCAGAAGGUGAUGCCACAGCGCCACUGCAUUUGGAAGCUGGAGUUAACCGUGAAGAUAGUGAUGACCAAAAAUACCUGAAGGCAGCAAGGAGAGCCGAAGAUUAUGAAUCUUGGGUGGGAAGAUCGGGUGAGAGAAGUAAGGAAGAGAGUGGCAGGAUAUUAUCUGCAUCCAACCCUAUGCAAUCUUCUGUCACCUUCACUUUAAGCGAAAGCAAAAACCCAAUGUCAGCUGAAUUAACAAAGGAGCAAUGUUUUCCAGACAGCAAAUUAUCAAGUCAGACACAAGUGGAAACUGUGCAGGAGGUGAUGGGAGAGGACACAAAGCCAGAUAAAUCUGAUAUGUCUAAAGCAAUUGAGGCAAACCCAGAAUAUAUGAAUAAAGCAGCUGUAAAGAUUCAAGCAUGCUGGCGUGGAUUCUACACUAGGAACUGGAAUUCACAGGCAAAGGAAAUACGUUGUGAAAUCCGACUACGUAGGAUGCAGGAACACGUGGAAUACUUGACUGAAGAAGUAAUCAGAUGGAGGAAAGAGUGUGAAGAAGAACGUAUUCAAAGAAUGGUACAAGAAGAAGCUGUAAAGUUCUUAUGGAAUGAGGUUCGACGCCUCCAGGAGUGGCAACUAUCCAUGACCCAGAAACAAAAUGAAGUACUACACCCUGACACAAAAGAACCCAUUCUUCUGCAGCCUAAGUUUAUUCAUCUUUCUGAAUGCACACCCUUUAAUAACUAUAAAAGCCUUUCUUCCCGACAAAAUGUUCACUCGGAGAUUUCACUGCGAGAAUUUCCUGACUCUGGCUUUCAAUCUUCGGACGUAAUCCACAAUUGUCUUCAAGAGUCUCUGAAUUCUUGUCAGAGUUCCUCAGGUGGCAGCACAAGCACAGUUUUAGAAGCCACCUCUGAACUUAAAAAAAUAGACCAUGAAUGUUUAAUGAAUGAUCCUGGAGAGCCAGACAGCCAAGAUUCCAUGCACACAAAAUGGGAUAAGGAAAACUCCAAUAGUGAACAGGACAGCAACCUUAUACAGCAGUAUCUCAAUUCUGUAAGGCAGCUGGAGGCUGCAGAAGAUGAAUCAAAUUUUAGUGGGAGAACAGAGUGCAGUAGUAGGAAUGAUCAUGAUUCCCUUUGCGGUGCUUCGGUGGAAAUGCCUGAAGAUGACUGCACUGAAAUUUCAGAUUCCCUUUGUCAAGCAGAAGAAUGUGUCAGUGUGGACAAGUAAAGGACCAUGAGUGACUCUCUCAGCAUUAUGAAUUGAUGUAGAUUACUCAAACCAUGACCAUUUAGGAGUAAUGCUAAUAAACCCAGAAUAUUUAUGUGAAAGCAAUACUAAGUAGGCUAAAUUUGUCUAAGGUGCUGGAUUGGAUUCAAUGCUGCUUCUUCCAAAUAAACUUAUUCAGGAGACAUCAUGCAAGUAAAAUGUAAUUGCGCUAAUUCUAUGUGUUAAUUUAGUUAGUUUCAUCUGUCAGCAUUUCAACUAGCAUUGAUUUGCAUCCAGUGUCCAGUUUUUGUGUUAUUCUCUGAUUAUUCUUCCGAUGAGGAUAUUUUUUGUUCUUUUCUGGACUUUCCAGUUAUCCAUGACACUUGGUUCAAGGUGUGAAUAGAUAUGCCUACAUCUUCCUUUCAGCAUGAUGGCAUGACUGAGAUUAUUAAAUUCCUGCAUCUUAUUUGAAAAGUGUGAAAUUGUAUUGUGUCCUAUGACAAAACUCUGAAGAUGUGAUCAAGAAAGCUUUGUUAUUUAUUUUAAUAUGUAGCAUGGAUUAGGGUGAUGACCUGAUCUUAAACGUGCAGGUCCAUUUGUUAUUGAACAUAUAUUUAAGUUUAAGACUGAAGAAAAUGUUUCUUACAUCCCUUUUAUUUGAUUUUUAUUUUCUUUACCAAAAAUGAAAUGACAAAUGUAUAUACUUGUAAUAUCAGGACUAAUUGAUAAAUACAUAAAGAUCUCUCUCCUUGAUGUUUAAAGUCAUGGAAAAUAACUAAACACUAAAAUGCAUGUAAAUUUGCUGAGAAAAAUGUACAUUUUACAAUAACAGUUUAGAAAAACAAAAUCUGGACCAUUCUCAAUGUCUGAUUCUAUUUAUAGUUUUUCUGAUUACCUAUUUUCAGUGGCAAUUCUUGCUGUCUAACAUGCAAAAUAAAUCAUUUCUAACCCUUC